AUGGGAUGUUCUCAAUCAAAGCUAGAUGAUGAAGAAGCGGUUCAGAUUUGUAAAGAUAGAAAGAGAUUCAUAAAAGAGGCUGUUGAGCAUAGAACUCAAUUUGCAAAUGGACAUGUUGCGUAUAUUCGGUCUCUCGAAAGGGUGGCGGCUGCUUUGCUUGAGUAUUUUGAAGGAGAUCAAGCACUUAAGUUUGAAUUGGAUUCGAUUGUAACACCACCGCCUGUGAAAAACGAAGCUACUCCGGAAACAAUUGAGCUUGGAUCGAAUAGUGCAGCUUUGAAAGUGAGUUACUCGAGGUCGAGUUGUAAUCAAGUGAUUUCAGUUGAAGAAAAGCCUAUGUCGCCGGAAAUGGGUCGAGUUGAGGCAUAUUCUCCUCCGAGGUACCAAUAUGGUAAUGAUGGUUUUUUUGGUAUGCAAUCCUCGCCGAUGAAUGGGUCGAUUUUCGCUUAUUCUCCGAAUAACAGACCUGUUGUUAUCCCUCCUACUUCACCACCACGGUCUUCUUCUCAGUGGGAUUCCUUUUGGAAUCCGUUUACGUCGUUGGACUAUUACGGUUACCCUAAUGGAUGUAGCCUUGACGAGAUUGUUAUGGAUGCUGAGAAACGAGAACUGACAAAAGUUCGGGAAGAAGAAGGAAUACCGGACCUUGAACCGGAAGAAGAGGAUACCAAACAAGAGGGUUUUAUUGUUAAGAGAAAUAUAGCCGAAGAAAAAACCGAAAUCUGUGUGAAUUCCUCAAAAGAAGCCGCGGUUGAAGAAGUUGAUGAACAUAAGGAAGAGAAAAAGGAGGGAACAGAUGCUGAAACCGAAACUGUGCAAGUCAAUGAUGGCGAGUGUUUUCAAGUAUCAAAAGCUCAAACUUCGGGUCAUAUGGAAUCUAGCCAUCAAGAAAUGGUAAUUGAUAAUCAAGAAGCCAAGGAAGAAACACCUGGUUUUACAGUUUAUGUAAACCGAAGACCGGCGAAUAUGGCAGAAGUGAUCAACGAUCUUGAAGCUCAAUUCAGGGUUGUCUGUAAUGCAGCCAAUGAUGUCUCAGUACUGUUAGAGACUAAGAAAGUUCAACACUUAUCCACUUCUAAUGAACUGUCAGCGUCAAAAUUGUUGAAUCCAGUAGCUCUUUUUCGCUCAGCUUCUUCUAGCUCGUCCCCGUCAAAAAGUAUAAUGAAAUUUUCAAACUCUAGGGAUGAAGUUUAUGAACACAUCGACGAUCCUCCGUCAGGAGAAGGUUCUAUGUUGUCUGCCAGUCACCAAUCAACGUUAGACCGGUUAUAUACAUGGGAGAAGAAGCUUUACCAAGAAGUUAGGUCUGGAACGCGUUUUCGACUUGCUUACGAGAAGAAAUGUCUGCAACUCAAGAACCAUGAUAUAAAAGGAGAGGAACCUUCUUCUGUGGAUAAAACAAGAGUAGCUAUUAGAGAUCUACGCACUCAAAUAACAGUUUCAAUACACUCAGUUGAAGCUAUUUCUCGGAGAAUUGAAACAUUAAGGGACGAAGAGUUGCAUCCCCAGCUUCUUGAAAUGUUGCAAGGGCUAGCAAAGAUGUGGAAAGUGAUGGCAGAAUGUCAUCAGACACAGAAGCAAACCCUGGAAGAAGUCAAUAUUAUUCUAAACGGCAUUGCUGCCAGAAAACAUUCCUCUGUGUCAAUAAUCGAUCCAUUGAGACUUGCACUCUCUGCCUCCACUCUUGAAACCGAGUUGAGGAACUGGCGAAACACUUUUGAGUCGUGGAUCACCUCUCAGAGAUCAUACAUUCAUGCACUAACCGGCUGGCUUCUCCGAUGCAUGAAAUGUGAACCCGACGCAUCGAAACUAGUAUGCUCUCCUCGAAGGUCUAGCUGCAGCCAUCCUUUGUUUGGACUUUGUGUGCAGUGGUCAAGACGUCUGGAAGCCAUACAAGAAACAGCGGUGCUUGAGGGUCUAGACUUUUUCGCAGCUGGCUUAGGUUCCUUCUAUGCUCAACAAGUAAAAGAAGAUUCUGCACAAAAUGCGAUAGUUGGAUACAACGGAAACAUGGAAAUGGUGGAAGUUGGUAAGGUGGAAAAAGAAGAAGUGGUGGAGGUUGCGGUUAAGGUACUUUGCGGUGGAAUGUCGAGUGCGAUGAGAUCAAUGGCAGAGUUUGCUAUUGAUUAUGCUAAGGGAUACAAUGAUCUUGUUAAACAAUGGGAGAAUGGGAAGUUGCAGGAAAAUUGUGAGGCUGCAAAUUGA